UGCCGGGGACGGGCGGCGGUGCCGCUCCCCGUGCAGCGCCUCCUCCGCCCGGCAGCGGGGCGGGCGGGCAGAGAGAGAGGGGCUCGCUGUCGCAGCGCAGCCGGCGUCGGCGGCAGCCGGACCCCUUGCCCCGCAGUCCGCCUUGCAGCGUGGAGGUGGGGAGCGUCUCCGCCACCGCUGCCCACCCCGGGCCGCCUGGGCGGCCAGCCCGCGCGGCGGGAGAGCCCCGCCGGCCAUGGAGCUCUCCCUGCGGCUGCUCCUGGCGUCCUGCCUCUCCCUGGGGGCGGCCGGGGAGUUUGACAGAAGGUGGCCCAGACAAAUAAUCUCCUCCACAGGACUGUGUCGGUUUGGAAGCAGAAUUGACUGCUGCUGGGGCUGGGCCCGAUUGUCCUGGGGACAGUGCCAACCUAUAUGCCAGCCAGGAUGCAAACAUGGUGAAUGCGUUGGGCCAAACAAGUGUAAGUGCCACCCAGGAUACACUGGAAAAACCUGCAACCAAGAUAAGCAGCUAUAUACAAGUCCACCUGGCCAGAGCAGUGAAGCACUUCUAUUCCGCCCACUGGAUCAUGAUGCAAGAAAUAUACCAUCAAGGGAUCUAAAUGAGUGUGGACUAAAGCCACGGCCGUGCAAACACCGGUGUAUGAAUACCUACGGCAGCUACAAGUGCUACUGUCUGAACGGCUACAUGCUUAUGCCAGAUGGAACCUGCUCGAAUGCACUUUCUUGCUCGAUGGCAAACUGUCAGUAUGGCUGUGAUGUACUGAAAGGGGAAGUGCGCUGCCGCUGUCCUUCUCCAGGACUGCAGCUAGGGGCUGAUGGCAGGACUUGCAUAGAUAUUGAUGAAUGUGCUGCUGGGAGAGUUAUCUGUCCGCGAUUUAGGCACUGCGUAAAUACUUUUGGAAGCUACGUUUGCAGGUGUCAUAAAGGUUUUGAUCUAAUGUACAUUGGAGGCAAAUACCAAUGCCAUGAUAUAGAUGAAUGUUCCCUUGGCCACCAUCAGUGUGGUAGUUUUUCCCGAUGUUACAAUACACCAGGAUCCUACAAAUGCAAGUGUAAAGAAGGGUACAGAGACAAUGGAACAAACUGCAUACUUAUUCCUAAUGUUAUGAUUGAACCACCUGGUCCAUAUCAUGUAUUCAAGGGCAACAGCACACUCCCUAGGGGAGACAGUGGUGUAACCAAUAGGAUUCCCGAUGUUGGAGGCACAAGGCAAACCCUCAGACCACCAUAUGUACCUGCUAUUGUUACAGAAAGGCCGGUGACCAGGCCAACGACUCGACCUACACCCAGGACAACAACUCAUCCUACACCGGGGCCAACAACUCGACUAACACCAAAGCCAACCACUAGGUAUGUGCUGGUGACAACAAGGCCAGUAACGAAGCCAGUGACGAGGCCUCCACCUCCAACACCACCUCAGCCUACAAUGUUAAGACCUACGCUACCACCACAAAGAACUCCGAUGAUAACAACUGAAGAGCCUUCACACAUUCCCGUUGAAACUACCUCUUCCCAAGGAAUUACAGAUGACAACAGGAUUCAGCUAGAUCCUCAGAAACCCCGAGGAGAUGUGUUCAUUCCACGCCAGCCUGGAGUGAGCAAUAAUCUGUUUGAAAUACUUGAAAUUGAAAGAGGGAUUACGGCCGAUGAAUUUGAAGCGAACGAUGAUCCAGGUGUGCUGGUACACAGCUGUAAUUUUGAUAGUGGACUCUGCGGAUGGCUCAAGGACAAAGAUGAUGACUUGCACUGGGAACCAGUGAGAGACACGUCAGGGGGACAGUAUCUGACCAUCUCCGACCCCAAGGGCAAAGAAGGAGUAGCAGCGCAUCUUAUCCUGCCAUUGGGUCGCAUGGCUCAGGCCAGCGAUUUGUGCCUGUCGUUUAGGCAUAAGGUGCAUUCUGGUGCUCUCCAAGUCUUCGUAAGGAAAAACGGUGCUCACGGACCAGCCAUUUGGGGAAGAAACGGUGGCCAUGGCUGGAGACAGACACACAUCACUUUGCAAGGACUAGGCAUCAAGAGUGUCAUUUUCAAAGGGGAGAAAGGGAAAGGAAGAACCAGGGAUAUUGGACUAGAUGACGUGAUCUUGAGGAGAGGAUGCUGCUCUGAGGAGCAUUAGCAAAGACAGUGGACCAGCACAGUCAUCUCUAGCCCUUCUCCUGCUAUUCCUACCAAGCUUUGAAACAGAACUGCACGAAAAAGAAGUCGGAGUGUGACAACUUCCUAGUGGUCUGCUAAGCGCAAUCUCGCUGAAACUCCACUUAAAACCAUGGAGAGCACCUCCUAGGAUUCGGGAACUCUAAUCCCACCCAGGCUGGUUGUUUCUAUUAAUCCUUACCCCUAAAUCAUAUUUUGUAUGUAAUAACUUUAUCCCCCUGGUGAGCACUCACACAAAGAGCACUUGUGAAAAAGGGAGAAUUAAUUACAAACGGUGGCAAAAGGAAGCUCCAGCUCAAAGUUUUAGUGUUAACUGAUGGUCAUUAUCCUCCCGUAGUGCUACUCUUGCAUUGAUUAGAUUUGCUAGUCUGUGGGACAGAUCAGGCUGCAGAGUCACCUCAGGUUAGCGGCAGCCUGGACCUGAACUCUGGCUUACUGCCACUGACCUUUGAAGAAGGGUUUGCUUCAUAUUAAAUAGCAUUUGUUUUGGUGUUGCAUCUGUAUUAACAAAAAGCAGUUACAUAGAGUAGGCGCUGCAUCCUGUAAUAUUGCUACUGCUGUGUUUUGUGUAUAUGUGUAUGGUUAUUACAUAUUUAUGUUUUUAAUAUUUACAGACUCUAGUUGCAAGGUAAUUGGCAACUGUGCUUUCUUAUUGUACAAGACAGGGGUUCAGCAUAUUCUCUGAUCCCGCUGGUCGUGCCAAUAGAUACGUUACCAAAGUCAGUUAAUGGUGCUCAUUGAAAAAUGCUGGUGUGGUUUUUCCUGUUGUAAUAUGCUGAAGGCAAAAGACCAAACCCCACCUGAUGUAAACUGGCAUCUGAUAACGCUGUACAAGUUUGCAGUUAGCUCAGGAGCAAGCCCUACAGGGAGGGCUCUCAGUCCUGCAAGAACCUCCUGGUUCAGUUGAAGAUGAGCAGCCUGGAGCAGAGAACGUGCAUCUUGUAGGAUCGAGCCUGUUGGCACAACCAAAACUGUUCCUUCCCACAGGUGGUAUGAGCCUACGCAGAAGCGAAAAGGGCGGCUGCAUUAAUGCUGUAUGAACAAUUCAGACCGUGAAAUGCCUUGAGUGAUCUUUGUCAAUUGUCCAUAUUCCAUCCAACCUUUCUGUAUAUAAUAAACAUUUUAUUCUUUAGAACUAGAACAACUGUUAGCUCUAGACGGAACUAAAUAGUCGUCACAACUUUGGACUAAUGUUUUAGUUAUGCAUCAUGCAUGUGGUGUGCAGUUUCCCAGGGAAUUCUUCUGUUCAGUUUGGGAUUUUUAAGUGAGGGACAUCAUCAUCAUCGCUGCUUACAAUUCUAAAUUUGACAAAUGUUACAAUUACUUUAAGAAAAUGACAGGAGAUUGAUAACAUGUUAUUAGUGGCACAGCCUUAAAGCUUAAAAAAUGUAUAUGGAGAAGAAAUAGUUCUCAGAACUUUUAAAUACUUAAAUACAAUGUAAAAUAAAUGUCAGCAUCAUAUCAUGUUAUAAAACCAUCAUUAAAAAGAAAAUCUCAUGUUAAGCCUUGCAACAGAGUCCACAAAGACAAAAUUGCAGGACGAUUAGAGGUUGUAUUCCAAACCCCUGUUUCUGACAACGUACUGUUUUGAAAAUAUUUUUCCAAUUUAUCCCCUAGGACAAAGCACAGUAUAUAGAGCAGCAGUUUAUUUGACCAAACAGAUAGUCUCCAGCAAAACUGUAUCAACAAACAUUGUGAAAAGGUAAAACCAAUGCAUUUGUAAACAUUCUAAAACUAUUUUGCUUCAAAUAUGAUCAUAAUCUUUUUCUCUUAUAUUACUUUGUAAUAUGUCAGAAAUAUUUGUGAAUAGUUGAAAUACCUUGUGCUUAUUUUGAAGUAAUCAGUAAAGGAGGCUGUUACUUGCUAC